AUGACAACAGACACGCCGGUCAACGCCCUCACGCGUGAGCUCGCGCAAUACCUCGAGAGCGCUGACGUCAAAGGCACGUCCAUAACAGCGCAGCGAAAGCGCUGCAAGGAGAUUUUCCAGCGACUGGAACCCUUGCGCGCCACAGCCCUCUCGGCCGAGAUCGAAAGUCUUUACAACGUCGGCGCAUGGUAUCAGUUGUUCGGCUAUCCUCCCAAGUUUCCAUCCUGGGCGGACCCCAACGACGCCAGAGUCUUCGCCGGCAGUCGCCUCGUCUCCGCUCUUACCAGCUUGAAGAAAGAGUGGAAGCAGAUCGACACCGUCCCAAAGAUACGUGCAGCCGCGCGUGACGAGAUUCCACUCCCCACUUGGCCGGGCCGCGACUUUUUGGACAAGCUCGUCAAAAUUGCCGGCGCUGGUGCUGCAGGCUACCCACUUGACACUUUCCUACAAGAGUUUCCCCGCUUCCUGCAUACCAAGAUUGGGGUGACACACAAGCCGCAGUACUUCAGAAAAGAGAGCCGUCGCUGCGUUCUCUGCCCAGAGCUCAACGAGUUCUACGAUAACAUUGUCCAGCCGUGGAUCAUUGGUCUCGCGAACCCAACGACAUCUUCACGAAAGCGGCGAAAGGCCGAUGUGGUCGGCCGAUCGAUCGAUACCAGCUUACAGGCAGGAGACGAGCCACCCGAACCCGAGGCCUUUCUUUGGUCCAACGAACAUGAACACGAACUGGGGCAGACGAUCCUCGAGUCAAGUCCAGGUCUCCAAAAUACAGAGUCCAUCCAGCAGUCCUCCAGGUCCCGUCCACAGCACAGUGAUCAAGAGUCUACCGAGCACGAAACACAGAUCGAAGAUCCCGAAUUAGAGAUAACAAUCGAUCACUCGCUCCUUGACGACGACUCGGGCCAGCAAAUCUCCGACGACUACGACGACCAGAUUGGAGUUCAGCUUGAAGCGCAGCAGUCAAUACCCAAAGACCACACCAGCAAGGCUCCUCGCAGAGCUAAUGGCGCGAAGGCAACUCAAGACGAGAGAGCUCAGAAGGAAGUCGAGGGGGCGUUCGAUGUCCUGCUGGAGCUUGAUGAUGACACUCAAUAUGGCGCACGAUGGUUGGUCGACAAUACCAAGCUUCGCAUAUCACUUCGAAGGCAGAUCGAAAUCGCAAAGGUAUCUGUGGAUGCUGCAGCCGAUGACUUUGCCAAGACGGGCAGCGAGAUUGCCUCCAGACUACCUCCCAAUACAAACCUGUCGCAGUCCAUUGCGAACACCGAAGCCCGGCUUGCCAAGUUCACAGCUAACGAGGUCCGGUUACUCGAGCAACAGAAGCUGUUGCAGGCGCUUGCUGAUGACAUGGACGAUGACGACAUGUGCAUCCUCAACACUCGCACGGUAGUUAAUCAAGACGCUUUGGUCGCACGGAAAACAGGGAUCGAGCACGAGAUUGCACUGCUGAAGGGGUGGGAAGCUCAGCUGAACGAGCAGUACAAGUCGCAAGAAAAGAAGAAAAAAGACCUAGAAGAGCUUCAGGUCAGACUCGAUGAGCGCAAUGAGUCCCUGGAGACCAUGGCCCUGUUGUUUCGCUUGGCGACGCAGCCUUCAUCAUGUGGGGCAUUUGAGGUAUAUGUAGCAGCAAAAGAGACAAAAUAA